UUGGAGUCUGCCACCAUGAGAGAUGGGGUCCAUCCCUGUGGGAGCUGGGGUCUGUCCCUGGGGGAUCUGGCACCGUUCCUGUCUGUCCAGGGAGCGCUCGAGUGUCACAUCAAAGGCUCUGGGAGGGCAGAGGGCACGGGGAGCUGAGAUCCCAGGAGAGGAAUGGGGCCAGGUGGCCACAAGGCUUUGGGGGGACAUGUAGCAGUGUAAAAGCUGGGGUGCUGUGCUGCAAGGGCUUCCCCACUGCCCCCAAAUCCACUGGUGGGGCUCUGCCUGUGAUCCAGCUCGUGCUCCUGCCUCAGUUUUCCUCCAGGAGAACCAGACUUGCCUGCACCUCCUGAGGAACGAGUCCUGGAGGGGGCAGAGGGCUGGGAGCAGGCCGGGACUCGCUCCUCGCCAGCGCUGGCUCGGGGCUGCCCACGCGGCACCGAAAUGAGCCAGAACCUGCUCUGUGCCUGGCUGCAAGGAAAACCAUCCCCGAGGGCUGGCCCGGCACCUGGCUCAGGUGUGCUGGUGGCCAGGGUGUUCCUGGGUGCCACCCGCUGUCACUGGGUCGCUGCAGCCUCCGUCCCCACCACCCGAGGCGCCGGCUGUGGCUGAGACCCGGCAAACUCGCUGCACCUCUGGGUCACCAAGGAUGGGGUGGGACAGUGCAAGAUUGUGUCCCACUUCUCCCCGCUUCCUUCUCUGUCCCAUAAAUGUUCCUCACUCUGGAUGUUGCAGAAACAAAGGGUGCAGGAUGCCCAGAAAAGGCUUGGUGCUCACCUGGGGUGACCCCAGCCCACGAGAAGCCCUGUGGGGACACAACUGUCCUCACAUCAUUGUUACCCUGCAGAGACCUGGCUGCAUUCCCAGGACACCCAUUGCAGGGCUCCCAUUCCCUUGGGACCCCCCACCGGAGCUGAGCAGCGAGCGCUCUGCAAGGGGAGGAAGAGGAGGGUGGCCCACAGACACACGAAGCCACUGCUGAAGUCUCAUUUCCUGAGAAACCAGGCUAAAAAUAAUCCCCUUUUCUUGCAGUCCUGUGCUCGGUGGUGGCUCUGUUCCGGGGUGGGGGGACCCCCCCGUGUGCCGGCAGUAAACAGGAUACGAGCGGCUGCGGCGGGGAGACAGCGGCAGCAUCACCCCAGCCCCGCAGGAUGACCGGGGGGGGUCCUCCACAGCGGCCCCGAGGUGCCUCUCCAGAUGUUGGCAUCGCUGGUGCACGCCCGGCACGCUGAGCGCUCCGUGUCCCUGCCCCCGCCCGGGCCAGCCCCUCGCCGUGUCCCCGCGCUGUCCCCGCACCCCGCCAUGGCGCUGGAGCCCGAGGCGCUGCUGGACCUGAGCUUCCUGACGGAGGAGGAGCGGAGCUGCAUCGCCGAGGUGCUGCGCCGGGACUGGCAGCUCCGCCGGCGGGAGGAGGGACGCAUCAGCAAACUCCGCAAGUCGGUGUCGGACCCGGCGCGGCUGCGGAGCCUCACCGGGGACUGGUUCUGCGACGCCCGGGCCCAGCGCCACCGGCACCCGCUGGGCUCCGACCUCGUCCGAGCCUCCAUCCGCCGCAGGAGGCGGCCCCGGGGAACGGGGGACCUGGAACGUGGCCCCAGCCUGGGCGAGCUGGAGGCCAUUGACGAGCCGCUGGCAGAGGAGAAGGAGGAUGAGGAUGGUGCACAGGACAUGGAGGAGAGCUCCCUCACAGAGAUGCAGGAGGCCCCUGAGCUCCAGCCCAGCCCCCCCGCCCCGGCUGUGGAGGAGACCCCGAUGUCACAGCCCCUGCUGCAGGGUGACAUCCCGGUGAGGGAGCAGGACAGCCCGGCGCAGCCAGGUGACACGGGAGGUGGGAACUCCUUCAGCUCAUCCAGCACAGAGGAGGAUGAGGAGGAGCCGGGCUCCGCACACAGCAGCCACGAUGCUGGGCAGAGACCAGAGACCCCCCCGAGAGACCAGACCCCCCCAGCCCCGGUGUCCCCACAGAACGGCCACACCCUCCCGAGCCUGCUGAGCACCAGCUCCUCCGUGUCCAGCCUCAGCUCCUCCACCCUGAGCGGGAGCCUGAUGAGCCUGUACAGCGAGGGGGAGCUGGGCAGGGUGGCCGUGCGGGGCUGUGUCCAGUUCUCCCUGCGCUACGACCCGGCCAAGAAGGAGCUGCAGGUGCACGUCCUGCGCUGCCGGGAGCUGGCCGAAGCCAAGAAGCAGCGCUCGGACCCGUACAUCAAGACCUACCUGCUGCCGGACAAGUCCAACCGCAGCAAGCGCAAGACCGCGGUGAGGAAGAGGAGCUUGGAUCCCGUCUUCAACGAGACCCUCAAGUACAAGCUGGAGAAGAGGGACCUGCAGAGCCGGACCCUGAACCUCUCGGUGUGGCACCAUGACAGCCUGGGCAGGAACCUGUUCCUGGGGGAGGUGGAGGUCGCGCUGGGCACCUGGGACUGGGCCAACACCCGCCCCGAGUGGUUCAGUCUCCAGCCACGGAUGCCCAUCCCCUCAGAUGGCCUUGCCAGCCGUGGCAACCUCAACCUGGCACUGAAGUUCAUCCCUGCCGGCUCAGAAGGAGCGGGGAUGCCACCCACGGGCGAGCUGCACAUCUGGGUGAAGGAUGCUCAGAGCCUCAUCCCACUGCAGAGCGGCACUGUGGAUGCCUUCGUGCAGUGCUACGUGCUGCCGGAUGACAGCAAGGCGAGCCGGCAGAAGACACGGGUGGUGAAGCGGAGCCUGAACCCCCUCUUCAACCACACCAUGGUGUACGACGGCUUCCAGGCCAAGGACUUGGCCGAGGCGUGUGCCGAGUUCACCCUCUGGCACCACGAAGCCUUCUCCAAGCGCCAGCUGGGCGGCAUCCGGCUCAGCCUGGGCACCGGGAGCAGCUACGGGCUGCCCGUGGGCUGGAUGGACUCGACGGCGGAGGAGCAGGGGGUGUGGAAGCGGCUGCUGCAGCAGCCCGGGCACUGGGUGGAAGCGCUGCUGCCCCUGCGGACCAACCUGGUCCCCCGGGCGUAGCCCCAGCCCCCCAAGGACCGGCUGGUGCCAGCGGGACUGUGGGACCUGAGGGAUGGAGACACCACUGUGCGGGCUGGGGUCUGUGCCCUCCCCUUCCAGCAGCAAUGAAGUGGCACCAGAGGGCA